AUGCCACCAUCAAAGAACCGCGCUGAGCGAGUCGAAACCGAUGUCUUACUCGCCAUCAAGCCCGAGCACUUGGAAAAUAUCACCAGAAGAGAAAAGAACCACGAGUAUCGUAAGUACCGUCUGAAAGAUGGCGUCUCGCGCCUCUGGCUUUACGAAACUGGCAGUGGUGGCGGUCGCUCAUCAAUCACACACAUCGCAGUGAUUAAUCCAAAUACCCGCCAUGAGCCGGGUUUUGUGCCGGCCGAGCCUUUUGGUAUUGGCAAUGAGGACUUCAACGCUGGACUCAAGGAGUCCAAGUACGGAUAUCCGAUCCUGGAGCUUUACGAACUUGCAAACCGAGUUACUCUCAAUGAAAUGAAGACUCGAUGGGGGAUGGGUGAUGCGCCUAUGGGAUGGCAGUACAUGGCAUCAGAUCUCUGGGAGGAUAGAUGGGGCGAGGACGAGGAGAGAGGUGAGAAGGCGAGGAAGUUGUUUUAA